AUGACUGCUUCGUGGAAUGAAACUACACUUCCAACAUUGCUUUUGAAUUACAAACUUGAAAACAUUUUCAAUGCCGAUGAGUUUGGACUAUUUUACCAGUGCCUACCAAACAAAACAUACCAUUUAUCACAAGAAAAAUGUAUUGGGGGAAAAAAUAGUAAAGUCAGACUGACAGGUAUAGCAGGAGGGAGUGCAACGGGAGAAAAAUUACCUAUGUUUGUUAUUGGAAAAUCUAAAAACCCACGUUGUUUUAAGCACAUUAAACAACUUCCUUGCACAUAUAAAAAUCAGCUAAAAAGUUGGAUGACCGGAGACCUUUUUACAGAAUGGGUAAUGAAACUUGACUCAUUUUUUUGUGCUCAAGACAGGAAAGUAGCACUCCUGGUGGAUAACUGUUCUGCCCACCCUCACAUUGAAGGGCUAAGCAACAUCAACCUAAUAUUUUUCCCCCCUAACACCACAUCUGUCCUUCAGCCCAUGGAUCAAGGCGUAAUACGAAGUCUUAAAGCUCAUUAUCGUCACAAAAUUGUGCGUUUGUGUAUCAAGGCUGUCGAUAAUAACGAACUCAUGCCAAAAAUUUCUAUACUUCAAGCGAUGAAAGAUCUUGUUUCUUCGUGGAAUGCUGUGUCAAAGGAGACUGUCAUCAACUGCUUAAAAAAGCUAGUGUCAGCAAAACAAACAAGAGUAUUGAAGAAGCUGAUGAUGAUCAUCCUUUUAAAUUUUUGA